UAAUAUUUUUAGAGUAUAGGGUAUUAUUAUUUCCGAGCGCAGGAAGGGGGUCGGUCGGUUUUGUUUUUAGCCCUAUUCUGCUUCAUUUAAAUCCUCUUCCAUCGAUGCCCCUCCGCCCCAGGGCCGAAUUGGAAGCCGGGGCCUUUUGUGGAUUUUUUUCUUCUUGGAGUUUCCAUGGCGAAGGAGGUCGUGCCCCGGAAGAGAAGCCGCCAUCUUGCCGAGUGACCCCGGGAGCUGUGCCGGGAGCGGGAAGAGGUGGGCUCCGAGCAGCCCCUGAAACGCCGCGGUCUCCUCUCCUCCGCGAAGUUUGCCCGCCCUCCACUCAUCCUUCAUGGCAGCGUGGACCCGUGAAGCAGUGCUGAACCUCUAUCGCGCUCUCCUGCGUCAGGGACGUGGCCUGCGCUAUACUGACCGUGAUUUCUACUUCGACACAAUCCGGCGUGAAUUCCGCAAGAAUCAACAUCUUGAGCAGCUCAAAGAUAAGGAGAGACAGCUGGAGAAGGGCCAGGCUUUCUUGCACUCCAAACUCGGGGGGUUGGUUUAG